UUUCCCCCUUCUCCUUCGUUCUUAUUCUUGAAAUUCAAGAAUCUCAUUCUCGAUGGACGGGGCUGCGAUUCCGACGGUGCUCGUCACCAACGACGAUGGAAUCGAUGCGGCCGGCCUCCGCCUCCUCGUCCAGGCUCUUGUCUCCACCGGCCGCUGCCGCGUCCUUGUCUGCGCGCCGGCUUCAGAUCAGUCUGGUGUUGGUCAUGGAAUUACCUGGCGUCAUGCUCUCCCUGCCAAACCUGUUAAUAUUGAUGGGGCAACAGCUUUUGCAGUUGCAGGUACCCCUGCAGACUGCGCUUCUUUGGGAGUCUCUGGAGCACUCUUUAAUGGAAUAAUUCCUGAUCUGGUGCUGAGUGGUAUCAACAUUGGUAGUAACUGUGGAUAUCACAUUGUUUACUCUGGAACGGUGGCUGGUGCUCGGGAGGCAUUCAUGCGUGGUGUACCCUCCAUUGGCUUAUCGUAUGAUUGGGUAGCGAGUAGGAGCUCCACUCAUGAUCUCAAGCUGGCAGCGGAGUCAUGCUUGCCCAUCAUAAAUUCAGUGCUGAAUGAAAUCAGGAAUAAGACAUUUCCUCUAGAGUCUUUUCUUAACGUGGAUGUGCCAACAGAUGUUUCAAACCAUAAGGGAUUUAAGUUAACGAGACAAGGGAAGUCCAUGAUCAAAAUUGGUUGGACACAGACCAGCUCUGGUGUGUCAAUUAAAGGUGAUGCUACUGCAAAUAUGUAUACUAAUGACACGACUGACACAGAAAAGAUAUCUUCCUCUUCUCCAGCACAAGAACAACGUUGGUAUAAGAGAGUAGUACGGGUUACAGAUACCAACAGUGAAAAAGAGGAGGAAGGCAAUGACAUAGAUUACCAAGCUCUUCAAGAAGGAUAUAUUACUGUCACCCCGUUAGGUGCUCUUUCUUGUUCGGAGAUUGAUACCGUUCCUUACUUCAGAGGCUGGCUGCUGCAUGUUAUUGACAACUCGUGUUCGUCUUCUUUAUAAAAGCGCUAAUGACUCAUUACCAUGAGCAAUUUUUUCAAGAUGAACUGCAUUAAUCAGGAAUAAACUGCAGUAAGACCAUACUCUGCGGUUUACACCUUCGAUUUAAUAAGAUUCAUGGCUCCAUGCAACAUUUGCAUAUGUUGCAAAAUUCUUGUUAGGAAAAUAAUGGGAAUGAAUUCCCUUCUUGCAUGCUGCCUUUUACAAAAUUCAGCAGAAUGAAACUAAUUUUCAAACCCCUUAUGUUUUCUACUGUACUUCACCUCAUCAGUGUGUAUACAUUCCUGAUGAUCAUGAAACUUUUAUGUUGCAUGAAUGUGACUUAACCAGAA